UCGGGAUAAAACGCUUGCAUCAUCACGUUUGAGUGAAAUGCAUUAUGGGUAGCCGCGGGAGGAGGUCAUGUGCUACUCAGUCCAUGGACGUCGUCGUGUGUAUUUUGGAAGCGGUUAUGCCUGCCUGUUGACCUUGGCUUUGAACGCAGUACAUUGUGGAGCUUCCUGUACCAGUUUUCCUGCUGCUUCUCCAUAACGAGCUCUGCUGCAUGCCAUCUAUGUAAGGUAAUACACUGAUCCAACCACAUUUCAGACAAUCUGAAUUCUCUUUGAGGAGUAAUAAUGAGUAGUAAUAACUGGACAUUUUGGCAGGGGUGGGCUUAGUAUUCUAAUGGAAUUCAUAACUGGCUUUUUUUUUCUUUUUUUUGUAUAAUCUUUUUUCCGUAGGUCUACAAUGAUGACAACUGUGCCUUUUUUCUUCUACCCUUUUUUUUAUGUUGAAUGAAGUGGACUUGUAAACUUUGUACUUUUUUUUGUGGAAAUCGUAAGAGAAUCAUUGAACAUUACCAAAGUAGCCACAGACAUUACAGAAGAAACUGUCCAUUACCCUGCAUAUACAAAGACUGUGCACAGUAUUUCAGAUCUAAAAAAUCCUUGCAGGUCCACUUGAGAGAUCAUGGGCUCAUAGAACGGAGUAGUGGACUAGUUGGCUUUAAAGUAAAAUGCUUGUUGUGUGACUUUGAAGAUGCUGUCAGCCUAAAACAAUAUAUUGCUCAUCUUGGGAAGCACCUGAGGAAUAGGGAGACUGUCACCUGUCCUUUUAAUCACUGUCUUUUCAAAUCAAACGUUUUCUCUAGUUUUACAUCACAUAAAUCUCGUUGUCACCCGCAUUGUACUUUAAAAGACUUUAAGAAGGAGAUCACUGUACAAGAAUGUGAAUUGUCAGAAAGUGAAACAGCUAAAUCAGAGUCACAUGGCACUGAAAACGAUUUUCAUGUACCGUUUGACGAUAAUUCUGAUAAUGAACCAGAGUACCAUGACACCACUGACAAAAUUCAGGAAAGGCUUGCAUCGUUACUUCUGCGAAUGCAAGCAGUCCUUCAUGUUUCCAAAUUUGCCACUCAAGAAAUAGUCAGUGAAUUUCAUGACAUUGGUGUUUUGAUUUGUGAAUUAAAUGAGUAUACAGUAAAAAAGGUCUUAAGGCAGCACAGUUGUAACAUUGAUGAAAACACUGUAACUUUGGUAACAGAAGCUUUCCACAGCAUCAAUCCACUCAGCUCCAUUUCCCAGAGUGGGUGUCUAGGAUCAGAUCAAAAAAGGUUGUCCUAUUUCAGAGAAAAAUUUGGUGUCAUAGACCCAGUUGAGUAUGUUUUAGACUCGCCAUUAAAGAAAACCUUUGUUUAUGUCCCAGUUCUUAAAACACUGCAAAAAUUGUUAAAUCGGGGUGAUGUCAUUGAUAAAGUUUUAGAAGAUACAGAAUCACUACCUGGUCAUUACAAGACAACAUUUGAUGGAUCAUAUUUCAAAGAGAACCCAUUACUGACUGGGGAAGAUCAGACAAUUUCUUUAGGUCUGUAUAUUGACGAUUUCGAGGUCUGUAACCCUUUAGGCACCUCGAGAAAAAAACACAAGUUGUGCGCAAUAUACUGGGUAAUAGCAAAUUUACCUGUUAAAUACAGAUCAUCCUUGUCUAGUAUAUAUCUUGCUCUUUUGUGUAAAAGUGUUGACACUAAAACAUUUGGAUUUGACAGGCUUGUAGAACCACUUUUGAGGGAUCUUCAACUGCUGGAAAACGAAGGGAUCUACAUUAGCAGGUUAGGAACCAGUAUUAGAGGUACAGUGUUGUAUGUAUCAUCUGAUAAUUUGGGAGCACAUGCGUUUUCUGGUUUUCAAGAGUCCUUUAAUGUUGAUAAGUUUUGUCGUUUUUGUUCAGCCAGUCGUAGCGACAUUCAGAGUUGUUCAGUGCAAAGAAAUUCAUUUUUAUUGAGAACCAAAGAGUCCUUCAAUGAGAAUCUUUCCAGGCUGAGGGAGAAUGAGCACUUGAAAAGUGUUGAAGGAGUGAAACGAGACUGUGUGAUGUUGUUCCUGAAGAUGAUGACGCAUGGUCUGUAA